AAGAGCCCGUUCUGCACUUAAGGGGUAUGAGGCAAACAGUGCAUACGAGACAGCGGUAGACCUUAGCCGGGGCAAACGCACCAAAAGAAGACCAACAGCUUUGUGCAGUUCUGAUUCGGAACCUGAAAAUGCCCUUCCAAGUAAGAUGGUUAAGAAGAGUUCUGGAGCACCUAGCCCACCUCCAGUCCCUCUCCAACUCAAACCUGAGAAGCAUGGCAAAAUUCUUGAGACAAUGAAUCGCAUGAGAAAUAUGAAGUCCCCUCCUAAAGAAGCAGCAGAAGAGGAAUAAUCAUGAGCAGAAAAUGACUCCAAGCAAGAACAAAUCCAAGAAUAAAGUAGUUGAAGAAUUUGACUCAUCUGUCGAUGAACAUUUUGAGACAACUCUUGAAGCUUCACCGGUCAAGAGAGAAGACUAGCACUUCUUUCACCCCGAGACAUUCUCUCAGGCGGUUCAGCCCAAUUACCCCUCGUAACCUGACCACAGACUUAGAUGCUGGUAAUGGAGAAGGCAGCGAGUCUGGCCAGGAACAUGACAAGGGCAAGUGUGGUGAAGAAAUUUAUUAUGAGGGCAGGAAUGGUGAAGAAGUUAUCUAUGAUGAAGUGUUUAAUGAGGAGAGUGGUAAUGAGGAGGGCAACGUAAACAAUGUGGAAAACUUGUCUGCCCCAAUAAAUGGAAAAGAUGGCAUGAUAGAUCAGAAUGGCAACGACAUUCCUCACGCAGAAGGUGCAUCAACUGCCCCCAGUUCCAACUCUUCAAAAGAAAACUAAUAAGCAACAUGUACCAGCUGGGGAGUUUCAGCCUUCUGGGAACGAGUCUGUGGGGAAGCUCAUGUUUCGGAUGCAAACAAGCAUUGAGUCUGUGACUAGGAAAGUGGAUACGAUCCUCUUGAACCAGGCUAGACUGGUCAGAAAGUUCCUCCCUCAUGAGAAGCGCAUCGAAAGGCCAGAGGGCUUGCCAUUAGGCCGUUUCAUUUUGGAGGGUCAAGUGUUCGAUCAUGUCGGAACGCAUUUAAAAUGAAAAUUUAGUCAAUCCUAAGAGAGGGAGUCGUUGUCCGGGGCUUUUGCGACCCCCGGAACCAUACGUGCCUCGCGGUCAAAGCUUAACAUUGCUUUUGGCGGGUAACACGAGUGUCAUGUUCCAAGCCGCGCUGCGGCGAAACGGUGCCACCUACGACCACGCCCGUUUCAGUGGAGACUACCUAGGGUAUAUACUUCACAUCGGACGUGGUUGCGACCGCGCGCUCCACCCCGUUCAAAACGUAGGGCGUAAGUACCCGGAAUCUAGGUACUUCGCUCUAGCAAGAGUACCGUUCAAUUUUUUCGGUCGGGGUUUGUGCCGGAAUGUAGCUUGGACCCAUAGCUUUGGAAUCGCACUUCGACCGUCCAUACCAUUUUAUUGCAUCACCCCCAUAAUGCGAGGGGAACGAUCCGAGCGGCGCCCUAAGUACUUGCUAACAAAAUAAUUAGUAUUACUUACUAAAUUUGUGAGUAUUACGUGCAAUUUUGUGAGUAUUACUGCUGUAUGAGCAAGUUCAUUGUGUAUUUGCAAAAUGUCAGUAACGGGCUGAGAGUGUAGGGGUGGUCGAGGGGGUAUUCACUUCGGAUUUUCGUG